AUGUUGUUAUCAAGAAGAGUAUUACGUAGUUCAGUUUCAUUUAUUAGAGGUUAUUCUAGUACUACUACAGGUAGUACUAGUAAUAACACUACUUCUUCAAAUAAUAGUUAUCAAUCAUCAUCUACUCAAUCAUCAUCAGAAUCUAAACAACAAACACAUUUUGGUUUCAAAACUAUCAAUGCAGAGGAAAAAGAGACAAUGGUAAAGAGUGUAUUUGAUGCAGUUGCUUCAAAGUAUGAUGUUAUGAACGAUGCAAUGAGUUUGGGUAUUCAUAGAUUGUGGAAGGAUGAAUUCAUGAAUACUUUAAAUCCAGUACCUGGUUCUCAUUUAUUAGAUGUUGCUGGUGGUACAGGUAAAGAAGAAGAAAAGAUAAAAGAACAAAGUGAUAUAUCAUUUAGAUUCAUAGACAAGAUUAAAUCAAACCCAUAUUAUCUACCAAACCCACAUCCUGGACAAUUAAGUAGUACAGCUUCACUGUCAUCAUCUGCCAUUGUAUAUGAUAUCAAUCAAGCAAUGUUGGAUGAAGGUCAAAAGAGAGCUAUUCAAAAUGGUUAUACUAAAACUUCAGACCCAUCAAUUGAUUUCAUUCAAGGAAAUAGCGAACAAUUACCAUUUGAAGAUGAAUCAUUUAAUUGUUAUACUAUAUCAUUUGGUAUUAGAAAUUGUACAAAUAUCGAUGUCGUGUUAAAGGAAGCAUAUAGAGUAUUGAAAAAGGGUGGUAGAUUCAUGUGUCUUGAAUUUAGUCAGAUUCCAAACCCAGCACUGCGAUUUGCCUAUGACCAAUAUUCAUUCAACGUCAUUCCAAUCCUCGGUCAAAUGAUUGCCGGUGAUCGCGAAAGUUACCAAUACCUAGUCGAAAGUAUUCGUAAAUUCCCAACUCAAGAUAACUUUGCCGGUAUGAUUCGUCAAGCUGGUUUCAAACAAGUUACCUACAAAAACCUUUCCUUUGGUAUUUGUGCAAUUCAUUCUGGUUGGAAACUCUAA